UGAGGAAACAUCAAGAGCAGCCCGGCCUCGCUGCCUGACAGCCCCAGCCUAAAGUCAACGAUUCAUCCGAUGGCGUUUGAGAAACGAAGAGCAAUUCCUCUCGUAGGCGGUUUGAUUGGUGGCAGCGAUUCCAAGCCGUGUUUCCUUGAUUCGAAAAUGAAGUUUAGCUCCAGCUUUCCUCAGUCUUCAGCCACAGCCGAUGCAUUUCUUCUGUCGCUUCCCUAUAUCGGCCGAGCCGAUGCAGCACUUCCCUGUGAUGCGGCACCAUUUUAUGGAUUCUGACAUGGACUAUGAGAGGCCAAAUGUCGAGACUAUCAAGUGUGUGGUGGUUGGAGACAACGCAGUUGGAAAGACCCGUCUUAUCUGUGCCCGGGCCUGUAACGCAACGCUUACACAGUACCAGCUACUUGCCACACAUGUGCCCACUGUCUGGGCAAUAGAUCAGUAUAGAGUCUGCCAGGAGGUUCUAGAAAGGUCCAGGGAUGUUGUGGAUGAUGUCAGCGUGUCCUUGCGUCUCUGGGACACUUUCGGUGACCAUCACAAGGACCGCAGAUUUGCGUAUGGCAGGUCUGAUGUGGUGGUAUUGUGUUUCUCCAUUGCAAACCCAAACUCACUCCACCAUGUGAGGACGAUGUGGUACCCUGAGAUCAAGCAUUUCUGUCCCAGAGCUCCUGUUAUCCUAGUGGGCUGCCAGCUAGACCUGCGGUAUGCCGACCUGGAGGCAGUGAACAGAGCUCGCCGGCCACUGGCCAGACCUAUUAAAUCCAAUGAGAUAUUGGCGCCAGAGAAAGGCCGUGAGGUGGCUAAAGAACUAGGCGUCCCUUAUUAUGAGACCAGCAUAGUUGCUCAGUUCGGGGUUAAGGACGUUUUCGACAAUGCUAUUCGUGCAGCCCUCAUUUCCCGUCGUCAUCUCCAAUUCUGGAAGUCGCAUUUACGAAACGUUCAAAGGCCACUCCUCCAAGCCCCCUUCCUUCCCCCUAAACCCCCUCCACCCAUUAUCACCGUUCCUGCCCCUCCCAGUAACAUCGAAGAGCACCCUAGUCGGCUGUUGGAGGACCCGCUCUGCGCUGAUGUCAUCUUAGUCCUCCAGGAACGCCAGAGGAUCUUUGCCCACCGCAUCUACCUUGCCACAUCCUCCUCCAAGUUCUACGACCUCUUCUUGACCGAACCUCGGGGUCCUGAGGAGACCGAACGGGAGCGAGAACGACCCCGAGGACCACCGCUUUCUGGUCGCGAUUUGCUGAUGCGCGCAGCUAGUUUUGACGUUUGUGAAAGUAGCGACGAUGGAGAUAGAGCAAACUUGCGUGCCUGCACCAGUGAUGGAACUCUAAAAGGUGACGGAGAUCGUCGCGGUCGUCUGCUCCCUGCCUUGAGUCGUGCUUUCAUUAGCAUCCAAGAAGAAAUGGUGGAUGACCCCGUCACCUUCAACCCUAGAAAAAUGACCGUUGUGCACAUGGACCCAUCGAUGCAGCCAGGUCCAUUCCGAUCAGUGUUGCGGUACCUGUAUACAGGUAAACUAGAUGAGCGGGAGAAGGAGCUAAUGCAGGUCGCCCACAUCGCAGAGCUACUGGAAGUGUUUGACCUGCGUAUGAUGGUGGCUAAUAUCCUGAAUGAUGAGGCCUUCAUGAAUCAGGAGAUCACCAAGGCCUUUCAUGUGAGACGCACCAAUCGAGUGAAAGAAUGUCUGGCCAAAGGGACCUUCUCUGAUGUGGUGUUCAGGUUGGAUGAUGGCACCAUCAUGGCCCAUAAACCACUGCUCAUCUCAAGCUGUGAUUGGAUGGCAGCCAUGUUUGGUGGACCAUUUGUGGAGAGUUGUACAAAAGAGGUGCUGUUUCCAAACACUACACGGAGCUGCAUGCGUGCUGUGCUGGAGUAUCUCUAUACUGGCUACUUCUGCUCUCGCCUAGAUCUGGAUGCCAUGGAACUCAUUGUUCUUGCAAACCGUCUCUGUCUGCCUCACCUGGUAGCGCUGACAGAGCUGUACACUGUGAAGGUACUGACAGAAGCUGCCAUGAUGGGAGCUGAUAUAGAUGGAGAUGUUCUGCUCUAUCUGGACAUGGCCCAGUUCCACUGUGCUCAGCAGCUGACUGACUGGUGCCUCCAUCACAUCUGCACCAACUACAACAGAGUCUGUCGCAAAUUCCCUCGAGACAUGAAGGCCAAAUCUACAGAAAACCUGGAGCACUUUGAGAAACAUCGCUGGCCUCCAGUGUGGUAUCUGAAGGAAGAAGAUCACUAUCAGCGGGCGCGUAAGGAGCGUGAGAAGGAAGAUUACCUGUACCAAAAGCGUCAGUGUAAACGCAAGUGGCUCUUCUGGAAUCUACCGUCUUCACCGUCCUCCAAUUCUCCAUCUUCUCCUGGUUCUUCUGCAGUCAUCUGAUCGGCUCUCAGGGUGCAUAACCCACCUAACAGCCCUAAAUGUGAGAUAUAAACACACAACAAGGAAUGAUAGCCUUUUUCAACUCUAUAAGAUGACCUAUUCACAUUUUCUGUUUAGCAAAAUGCCCAAGCCCUGCUUUUAGCUGCUGAAGAACAAGCAAAAAUGAAACGAGACGGAGAACGCAAGUCAAAGCAACACAAGGCUUUGACUAAAAGCACAUUGCUGAAUCUUUCUACUGGUUGGAUUUUUCAUCAAAUCAAAUCAGCUUUGACGUCCUCCUGUGACAUCAUAUCCUGUGGUAUCAGAGCGCUGCUCAAUUUGCUGUUAAAAGACAAUCUUCGCUCAGCAUCGGUUCCUCAAACAUAACCAUGUCUUCAUCUGUAUAGAAACAUACAUGGCAGGACUGCACAUAUUCAUAUCUUGAAAUACUAAUAAGUGCUUUUCAGCUCUAAAGGACGAGAACACAGGAACGUUUUAGAGCAACCAGCAAACAUAAUCUACAAUCAAACCACUUCAACAGACCGAUGCUCUCAAGAUUCAAAUGGUGUCCACCGUUCAACAUCCUAAGGUAUUAUUAAUUUGACAUUUAAAGGUUGACGGUUCGUGGAGGGCCGCAUGUGGACGUGACUCCACAGAACCGCAUCAAUCCAUAGCCAUGUUGUGGGUUCAAUGUGAGUUAAGCUCCGUUGACAGCAUCUGGCAUAACGCUGAUUUCCACAGAAAAUGAGAAUCAUUGGUACUUUAAGGCAUUUACAAUGGAAAAACACAGGGCCAGGAAAUAGACAUUACAAAUGCACACUGUACAGACAAAGUACAAGACUUAAAGUUGCAGUGAAGUAGCAACUUUUCUUCUGAAUUGAGAUGCACAUUUGAGUGAAAUGGAUUUUCGAAAAAAAGAAAAAAAAGGAAAGGGAGGGACUUGGUUCUAGGCAUUGGCUGGAUAGAUAGAUAGAUAGAUAGAUAGAUAGAUAGAUAGAUAGAUAGAUAGAUAGAUAGAUAGAUAGAUAGAUAGAUAGAUAGAUAGAUUUUUCAUACAAUCACUGUAAAUAUGUAAAUAAUUCCUAAACAGAAGCUCAUCCGUCUAGAAAAGUAGUUAAACAACCUAUUCUAAAAAAAUUCUAUGAAUUAUUCAUGCAAGUUCUACAAUAACGAGCUGCACAUUUCUUCACAUUUUCUUCCUUACAAGUGUGAUGCUGUAAAUGCCAUUUCUGCUUAAAACAAACAAAACAAAUUACAAUUCAAGUCAAAAUAACCAGGUACAAGUUUUCCCCCCUGAAAGAAAUUUAUAUUUUUAAUCAGCAAGGAUGCAUUAAAUUGAUCAAAUGUGGCAGUAAAUACAUUUAUAAUGUUACAAAAGAUUCUAUUUUAAAUAAAUGCUAUUCUUUCACUGAAGAAAAAAAAAAGUAAUAUUCCAAAAAUAUUAAGCAGCACAAAAGUUAUUAACACUGAUGAUAAGAAAUGUUUCUCGAGCAGCAAAUCAGCAUAUUAGGAUGAUUUCUGAAGGGUCAUGUGACAUUGAAAACUGUAGUAAUGAUGCUGAAAAUUCAGCUUUGAUCACAGGAAUAAAUUAUAUUUUAAAAUAUAUUGACAUUGAAUACAGUUAUUCCUAAUUGUAAUAAUAUUUCAGAUUUUUUACUGUAGUUUUGAUCAAAUAAAUGCAACCUUGGUGAGCAUAAAAGACUUUUGGAAAAUACAAGACUUUUGAAAUUCCGUGCUAAUCAACAUUAUGCCCGUCGAUACAGUUUAACUUGUAUUGAACCCAUUUUGCCACUUUAUACAUGAUUAGAGCAUUUACGUUCUAGUCCUGCUCUUCAUCAUUGUUUAGGUUGAAUGUUACUUGUGCACAACAGAAAAAUACUUUUUUUCCUGCACACUGUGGUGUAUAUUUUUGACUAUAUGUUAGACUGAAGCAGUCUUCUCUAUUUCUUCCUCUCAAUAAUUGUAACCUCACAUGUUAUCAGCUGACAAGUAUGGAAAUCGAAACGAAUAUUCAAUCGAUUAUAGGUUUACACAAAAUCAGCAUUUACUGACAUAAUGUCACGUAUAUGUGCUAUCACAAGAUGAAGUUCAGGUUUACAUCAAGAUUGCCUCCAGAAAGCUGCAUUUUUGUCUCGAUAACAAUAUUCUGGAAAACAACAACUAACAACCUGUAAUAUUCUAACCAGAUACUUCAAAAGAGGAUCCCGGGUGAACAGUCACACCGGGCUUCUCUACAGGGAAUAUAAAGAGUGCCUCAACACUGCUGACAUUCAAAGUGUGGGCACUAGCUGCUGUCUUUACCAAAGUAAGCUCACUUCUGCUUCAUAAGGUGGAUGACAUCAAUCCACCACACACGAAACACAAUUUUAAAUGUUCCCAGAUAGCUUUCGAAUGAGUUUCACGGGCAGGCCUGUGACAAUCCCAUGAUGCAUCGCAGCAUGUUACAGUUAAGUAGUUGUAGAGUGUUUCCUACACAGCAUCCCAUUCCUGACGGACACUUUAGGGUCUUUAAAAUAUGAAUAUAACUAGUAGUAACUUAGGAAAAUGUAUUUAUAUGACUAUUCUAAUACUAUAAAGAAAAACAAUGGAAAAUUUAACAAUGCAAUGCAAGGCAGUUUCACAAUUUACAUAACUAUUUAAGGUGCAUUACCUCGCCAUACAGGAGAGGAAACCUCACAAGCAUGGUUCAUAUAAACCCUUUGCGAUUUGAAUGUUUCUGAUCUAGCACAUGCCAUAGUUAUAGAAGCGAAUAGCACCUUAAAUAUAGAAUGGCUUAUUAUAAGGAAAUACAGUAGUUUUAUAGUACCAGAUUGACCUUUAGACUGAAAAAAGGUAUAAUAUAAAUCACCCUAUGGAGAGUAAAAAGCAAUCUGCUAUGCAUUUUCCGCCAGCUGUAAACUAAUUAAUAUCAGAGAAUGUUUUUUUUCUGCUUUAAUAAAUCAGAUUAAGAGCUGACCUGCAUGUGCAAGGCUGUUGUAGCUGGCAGCAAGGGAAUGUUGAGGAAUAUUGUUUGAUAUAGAAACCCAUAAAUAUAUGCUGAGCUUUGAAUGUAGAUCUAGAACAAUACAGAUUGAGUUCCCUCCAUUAGAAAAUACAUGAUGGACUGUUAAUCUUUCAGUGGGACGAGUGAAGAUUUUUCAGUAUCUUAUUAAGCAUUUGUAAUAGCACUCAGGAACAUUUUCUGACUCUUGUCAUUAACAUAAAGAUGAAGUGUGAUGAGGUUUUAUCCUAAAGAGUAAAGUGUUACCAUCCUAUAAAAGACAAGAAAUGUUUGAUUGGUGUACAUUUCACAGACAAUUGCAUCAGCCUGUUAUCAUAUGAUACAUAUGAAAAUGUUCUAUUUUUGUUGAGGUUUUUAUUUACCGUUAUAGAACAUUUACGGUUAUGUAACACUAUUAUAUAAAGCAAAAUAGGAGUGAUGAUAUGAAUGUAUUGAAAUAUGACAGGUAUCAUGUGCUACAGUUUGAUUGUACAUUCAACACAUUUUGAUCUUCCCAGAAUUUGUUACUCAGAUGUUGCUCUUUCAGAGUUUUUCAGAUUUAAAGACAUUCUGUUGCAUUUACUGUAUCAACUUUGUCUCAGACGUUUCUCCUAGCAUUCCUUAGGAUAAAUUAAAAUGGAUACAAAUAAGACAAUUGUUAAUGUGCUAAAAAAUAUGUGCUAAAAUUUACUGAAAAUGUACUCCCUCUCAAGCCAUCCAAGAUUUAGAUGAGUUUGUUUCUUUAUCAGAACAGAUUUGGCGAAAUUUACCAUCAGAUCACUUGCUCACCAAUGGAUCCUCUGCAGUGAAUGGGUGCCGUCAGAAUGAGAGUCCAAACAGCUGAUAAAAACAUCAC